AUUAAAGAAAAAAGAGAGAAAAGAAGGAAGGAAGAAAGUGGGAGAAAGAGAAACUGAGGGAAAGAGUGGAAAACAAAUAUAUCUCAAUAUUCAAAGGGAAAGUGGUUUUGGUUUUUGGAAAACGAAAUUCCCUUGGCUUUUUUGCAGCACCUGGUAUUUGGUUGAAGAAGCAAUCAAAAACAGAUAGUUCUCUGUAGUAAUCCAUUGUAUUACCUGACUGAUUGUUGUUAUUUUUAUUUUUAUUUUUUAAUUUUCACCUUGAACGGCGUCGGGUUUUUUCUUUUUCUCGAGAAAAAUCCGGUGAUAUUCCGGGAAAGUUCUAGCUAAACCCAUCAGAAUAAUCUGGGACAAAACAACGUUCUUUGUUUUUGUCGGAUAUUGGUUGUUGUUGUUGUUGCCGAUUGCUCUGUUCUCGAUCAUAUCCAAAACCUCCUGUCCUUUACGUAAUCCAUUGGUAAAUCACCAUAACUUUCAUCAACGUUUUGAGGUUGGAAAAAAACUGAUUAAAAAAUCCAAAUCCACAAUUGAAAUUCUAGCAAAGAUUGAUUUUUUGGGUUCUGGGUAUUCACUGAAUUUCCAUAAUUGUCGUCUUUCCGUUUCUGGGUCGUAUAAAAAAUCACCAAUAAUUCAUUGUUUCGUAUCUGGGUAUAUCGGAAAGCACAUGAAAAUAGGAUUUUGAUUUCUGGGUAUUUGCUAAAAUCCGGUUUUUUGGAUCUAGAAUACCCGGGAAUUCAAUGAUGGCGAAGAAAUCAGGGUCAUUGGAUUACUGGAGGAAUUACUUUAGAACAGCGAACUCAGACAUUUUCGAGAUAAUCGACCAUGCGAUUAUGGUGGCGGCUUCGGAUUGUCCUAAGGAGUUCAAAUUGAGGAGGGAUCGAAUAGCUGAGAGGCUUUUCUCUUGUAAAUUUUCUCGGUGUUUGGGUUGUGAUAGGGUGGAGUUGUCUGUGCCUUGUGGUGGUAGUGAAGAAGAUGAGACAGAAGAAGAAGAUGACAGUGAUGGAGGUUGUAAGAGUAGUGGUUUUGAAAGAGGUGGGUGUGAAUUUGAGCCAGGUGGGAGUAAGGAGAGCAAGAAUAGCAAUACUGUUGAUCACGGAGAGAUGAACGUGAACCAGGUUAGCAAUUAUAGCUAUGGAGAAGCUGAGGCAUUGACUGAUGAGAUUGAAGAACAGUCUCAGAUUGUUGGGGAGGUCUUGAGGAUCAAAGAGAUUCUUUAUAACAGUGAAGACGAGUCUGAUUCAGUGUUGCUUGAGUCGUUGAGGAAGCUUCAGUUGAUGAUUCUGACUGUGGAUACUCUGAAGGCAACUGAGAUUGGAAAGGCUGUCAAUAGGCUUCGGAAGCAUGCAUCAAAGGAGAUUCGCCACCUUGCCCGGACUCUUAUCGAAGGUUGGAAGGACAUGGUAGACGAGUGGGUCAAUGCUACACAGGCUAUUGCAGUUGUCGGUUCAGAAGGUACCCCGGAUUCUGUAAACCCAUCUGUUGUUGAUGAAGAAGAAGAAGAAGAAGAAGAAGAAGGGCUUCCAUCUCCUCCUCUAGAUGAUUUCUUUGCCACUCAACCCACUUCAAUGGAGCUCUCACAGUUCUUUGAUGGCAUGGAUGAUGAUGGAAAUCCUCGAAACAAUGGGGAAUUCAGCAAGAACCGUGAUUAUGGAAGAAAACCAUCACAAGAGAGUCAAAAUAAUAUGAGGCGGAAACAGCAGACAAUCAAUGCGGCAAAUGUGCUGAUCAAGGACAACAAGAGUCAUCAAGUGAGGAAACAGGAACUUGUUGUGAGGCCAAAUAUGCCGUCAAACACCAAUUCUGGGCCUGGAAGACCUCUCAAACCAAGUUCAGAGCAAAAGGUCAAUAAUGAUGCGAAGUCCCAGCAAAAAUCUAAUAAGGCUUCCAUCCAGAAGAGGCCAGUCACUGUCGAGCAAGAUAAAUUCAAGUGUUCGGAUGAGGUUGCAGUCCAAGUGAAACUCGAAGCUACAAAGAGGAAACUUCAGGAGCGUUAUCAACAAGCUGAGAAUGCUAAGAGACAGCGGACGAUACAGGUUAUGGAGUUGCAUGAUCUCCCUAAGCAGGGGCUUGGCCAUAGAAAUCCUCAUAUGAAACCUGGGAACCAUAACCGGCAAUGGGCACAUGGGCGACGAUAGGAUUUUUUUUAUUCAGGAUGGAACUAGCCUUUUCAAGUUUCUUCCAUUGUAAAGUCAAUGGAAGAACACCAGUGACUCUCUGGCAUACUGUGGCUUGACCUACUUGAGCAAUAUCAAAAUCAUUCUCCAUUUCUGCUGGAGCAGUCUAUUCUGGUUCAUAGGGAAACCAACUCUUGAUAACUUUUUUCCUAAAUUGAGUACAUUGAGAAUAGAGAAUUCUGUUGAUCGAAAUUGGCAGUCAGGUUUUAGUUUACGAAGUCUGUACUUUGUCCUGAGAUAAAUUUCUGUAGAGUAUCUUGAUCUGCACCUACUCAUUUGAUUGGCUACCUGUCAACAUUCUUUUCCUCAUAUUAGUAAAGCUUGCACAGACAGAAUAAGUGCAUUUUCAUAAACUCAUAACCAUAUGUUAACUUGUUGGUUUGAAUUAAUGUAUAAAGAGGGCAGAUGCUAAUGCAGGAAGUUUGCCCUAAUUUUUAUAGAA